GCUUGUGAAAAUAUCCGUCUCCCUUUCCACACCCCCCCUCACACACUCUCUCUCUCUCUCUCUUUCUCAAUAUAAUACACUCGCACGAGAAGGUGAAGAAGAAGGAACAAUGGCGUGUUUGUUUACCAACCUGAUUCAUCCUUCUCUUGCUAAUUCCCACAACCUCUACGGUUACCGUCUGCAGGCCCUUCCUUCUCACACGUUGGGAAGAAGACGAUCGUCAUCCACCAUAGCAUGCCAUACUACAAGCCCCCAACAGGAACCUCCACAAGAUAAUCAACGAUGGCAGGCUUCUCUAACGGCAGUAUUAGCUACUGUAAUUGUGAGCUCUGGAAUGAGCGCUCAGGCUGAUCUGAAUAAAUAUGAGGCUGACGUUCGUGGUGAAUUUGGCAUAGGAUCUGCUGCUCAAUUUGGUUCUGCUGACCUCAAGAAGGCUGUCCAUAUUAACGAGAAUUUCAGACGAGCCAACUUCACUGCAGCAGACAUGAGGGAAUCCAAUUUUAGUGGUUCUACAUUCAAUGGUGCUUAUCUUGAGAAAGCUGUUGCAUACAGAGCUGACUUCACUGGUGCUGACUUGAGCGACACGCUGAUGGAUCGGAUGGUUCUUAAUGAAGCUAAUCUGACAAAUGCUAUUCUUGUGAGAUCCGUGCUCACAAGAAGUGAUCUGGGAGGUGCAAUUAUUGAAGGUGCUGACUUCAGUGAUGCUGUACUAGACCUUCCCCAGAAACAGGCAUUAUGCAAGUAUGCAAGUGGGAAAAACCCCACUACAGGAGUGAGCACCAGGUUGAGUUUGGGAUGUGGAAACAGCCGGAGAAAUGCAUAUGGGUCACCCUCUUCCCCAUUGCUUAGCGCACCGCCUCAAAAGCUGCUCAAUCGUGAUGGCUUCUGUGAUUCUUCCACAGGACUCUGUGAUGCCAACUAGUUCGAGCUUCCAGCUUUGUAAUUCUUGUAUAUUCAUAAAAUCGAAAUUGUCAAUUAAAUGUAUAUUUUCGGCAUCCAUCUUGAUUGUGGCAAGUCUGGUAAGGUUUUUACAAUGGAAGCACGACCAUAAGAGCUAUUUGUGAUCUC